AUGUUCUUAAAGAAAGACAAAACCCUGAGCUACAGGGUAUUGUUUACGUACGAAGACCAUUCGUUGGCGUUAUUGCAGCAAAGCGGUAAAUCUUUUUGGUCACGAGAUGAAGCUUUAGCGGAAAUCUUAGUUGCUGAAAUGGUCGAAUUAGCUUUACCUGUCUCUGAACGUCUUCAAUCGCUAUAUGACGAAGUCACGAUAGCCAAAGAUGGGGUCCUAUCCCUUUUUUUCCGCCGUAUCUCUUCUCAAUUAAGCCAAUUACAAGUUUUGAUCGCAUCAUUUAAAGAUUUUCCUUACAAUAUUUGGAGCAGUGGAAAUAACAAAAAGGACCAAAAAUUAGUCAGAGAUCAAUUCAAUUUACGCAAAAUGAUUGUAGCUGUUACCCUUUCAGGAAAGUUAUUCGGAAUUGAUACUGCCAGUGGCGAUAUAGUCUGGAAACAUUACCUCCAUAAUCUAGCGCCAUUUAAUGAAUACGGAAAUCCACGAAUCCUUCUUUUCGAACAAAGAACAACAGCUCAUUACCCUUUGCCCCCAAGAUGUAUUGUUCUUGGCAAUGCUAAGAACGAUGAUGGAAAAUCUUUAAUAUAUGUAUUUAACCCAUUAACGGGAAAAGCAUUUAAAGACAGUGAAACCGAUGGUGUAUUAGUCGAUCAUAAAAUCAAGCAAGCAAUGAUUUUAACCCUCACAGAUAAUCAUUUUUCAAAAAUUUUGCUAAUGGUCGACCCUAAUAAUCAGGUAUUUUCAAGAAAUGUGUGUUAUUUAUUAACUACCAAGUAUAAAUCAUUGUACCUUCAUACAGUCAAUAAAGAUGAUGGUCAAUUGAAUGGAUACGCGCUAUCGACGGAUGCCAGAGAUAGAAUUAUUGCUAAAAAUAUAUGGACCACGCGAAUCCCCAUUGAUAAUCAGGCCAUAAGUUUAAUUUUUGCCAAAUUGCCAAACGAACCGGUUCAUUCUCAAGGUCGAGUUUUAGGCAAUCGUAGUGUUCUAUACAAGUACGCCAAUCCCAACUUAAUUGCUAUUACUACUGAAUCUAAGGACAAGGACAAACCGAUUGUCGAAAUAUUCUUAGUCGAUGGAGUUACAGGCGCUAUCGUGUUUCAAACAUACCAAAAGAAUGCCAGAGGUCCUGUCAAACUAGUACUGUGUGAACAUUGGAUUGUGUUUCAUUACUGGAACACCAAGUACAGGAGAUAUGAAAUGGCUGUCAUAGAAUUAUUCGAAGGGCAAAAGAAAUUAAAUGAGACAAUCUUCUCAUCGUUCAUUACACAGCUGAAUACCGUCAGCAUGCAAUCUUAUGUAUUUCCUUUUGAUGUAAUAACUAUGACAGUAACGCGUACCGAAAAAGCGAUUACGCAUAAAGAUAUUCUAAUCGGACUACCUGGUGGUGAGAUACUUUCUUUACCGAAAGUUUUAUUAGAUCCUAGAAGACCGUUUGUUUUAAGUGCUAGCGAUAGAGAGGAAGGCCUUAUACAAUAUGUUCCAGAAUUACCUUUCCCUACUGCUAACGUAAUCAAUUAUAAUCAAACGAUUAACGGAUUACGAAAGAUUGUUACCGCACCUGCUGGCUUGGAGUCUACUUCUCUUGUUUUCGCAUAUGGUUUAGAUUUGUUUUAUACCCGCGUAACUCCUUCCAAGAUGUUCGAUGUCCUUAAAGAAGAUUUCGAUUACACAUUUAUUACUAUAGUGCUCACGGCCAUGAUCUUAGUAUCCUUGGUAACUGCUCAAUUAUCAUCAUCGUCUAACUUAAAAAAAUUAUGGAAGUAAACCUUGUGAUCAUUUUCUAAUUCAUACCUCCAGUCUGUC